CGGAGGCGGCUUCAUCCUGCCCCUCGCUGCCUCCAUCCGUCCUCGGAGACGUGCGGCUGCUGGCUCUGCGCCCCGGGGAACUCCGAGACGCCCGCCCUUCCUAACUCAGGCUCUGCUCUUUGUCCUCCCAGGCUGGGCCGGGGUGCAAUGGCAGCCUCCUCCUCAUCCUCCUCGGCCGGAGGAGUCAGUGGCAGCUCCGUGACAGGGUCGGGGUUCAGCGUUUCGGACCUGGCGCCGCCCCGGAAAGCCCUCUUCACUUAUCCCAAAGGAGCCGGGGAGAUGCUGGAAGAUGGCUCUGAGAGGUUCCUCUGCGAGUCAGUGUUCAGCUUUCAGGUGGCAUCGACGCUAAAGCAAGUGAAGCACGAUCAACAAGUCGCAAGGAUGGAAAAACUUGCCGGUCUGGUGGAAGAGCUGGAGGCAGAUGAGUGGAGGUACAAGCCAAUAGAGCAGCUCCUGGGAUUCACUCCCUCCUCGGGCUGAGCGUGUCUGGAUCACUGCUGUCAGGGAGCAGAAGAAAAACAUUCCCUGGCCUGGCUUCAAAACACCCCCCCGUCAUUUAUCAGAUGCCAACAGCUGCAUCGGCAGGAUGGGACUUUGGGUUCUUUUGAGAGUGGGGAUCCCCGUGAAGCUGCCAAUAAACGGAAAUGACAGGAUUCUGUAGGCCCUUACAGGCUGGCAGGGCUUCGUUUCUGUAACUUAGAAGGCAGGAUGAGCUGUGCAGCCCUCGGAGAAUCCCCGUAUUGUUUACAGAGGAGGGCACACGGACAGCGUGGCUGCGGGGGCCCGGGUUCCCGCUGGAGUGCAGCCGGAGCGCUGAGUGAGCGGGGAAACCCUCUGCAGCAAAUGCCAGGAGUGCUCCUCAGCCCUGGCUGUCGUGCUGGGGGAUGGACACAAACUGUCCUGGGGUCGGGUGAGGGGCCAAGCGGUGUCACCUCCUCCAGCAGUCCCUCAGCCACUGCCCAAGCCUUUCCCUCUUCAUCGCCAUUUCUCUGGUAGCACUGGCAGGACACUGCUCUGUCUUUAAUACCCUGAAACUUUGUCCUCUUUGUUCUGUAUUAGAUUUCUCUGUGACAAUAAAAUGACUCUGAAACUCUUU